UGAUCAUCUUUGGUGUUUUCUGCAAACGACGCGGGACGUGUGAUUUACCACUGAUGAGUGAUGGAAUAAUUUACAAAAGAAUCAAUAGUUGAUGAAGAGACAGAUGAAACAGAGAAAAUUCACGUGUGAUUUAUGCAGAAGCUAUAACUUUUUCUUUUUUCUGAUAAAUAUAAAUGGAUACAAUAUCGUUGGAGUUGAAAAUGCAGAUUAAUAAAAAAUGGUCCCAGAUAUGGCAUCGAAGAAGUCGCUCACUUGACAAAUACUAAUUUGCUGUUUGGUACCCGAGUAGUUAAACUUGCUUCUCAAUUCGGUAACGGGAGGGAAGAAUACUUUUGCUGGUGAAAGUUCACUACGUGUGUACUUUGGUACAACCCCUCUCUUGGCCCGGGAGCAAUCUCAAAAACAAAAUACGACAAUUGAGCACCAAAUUCAUCCAAACUGACCCCCCUCAAGAUACGACCAAUAAUGAAGUAUUGCAGUUCAAGCAAUAUGACCACCCAGAACGAAUCGGAAGUAGAGAGUUUACUAAUGAGUCCGUGCUGGAGUCAAGGUCAGAAUGGAUCACAGGAUCAGUAUAUGUUAGAGGGGCAUAAGUUACUGCUAGAACACGAUCUUGAUUCACUUCCCAGCGAUUCAGAGGCACAGAAAGGCUCAAUGGAUGUUCUGGAUAAUCUACUGCUCAACUCCCAGUCGAUUAAUUCAAGCUUAGCUGAACUGAAACCCCUGCCACCUUUUACCGGUUACACGGGACAUCUAUCGAUAAACGGUAUUUCGGGACAUCACUACCACGCUAUCGCCCAGAGGCUACCCGAGGAAAAUAACAACUACUCUCAGUCGACAUAUCAAGCGAACAGUGGUAGUAGUAGUACAACAGAUCAGAAUAUAGUAUCUUCAUCUACGUGUCUACCCGACUCAGUCCUCAAUCCCGAUGCUCCUGACACAUGUCUGCAGGACGUCAAACUGUUCUCAGAUAGUGCGAUAGAUAGUAAGAUGUAUUCCGUGGCAGACAGUUGUGUGAUGAGUGGUAGCGGAGGCUCUGGUCCUGAUUCAGUGUCCAGUGUUAGGAUAUAUGCUGAUUCGAAGGAACUGACGGAGUACGAUAUGAGUUCAAUAGAGGAUAUUGCUGCCAUUAUUGGGAGCGCCAUUGCCGACACCACAGUGCCCAAUCAGAUUGAAAAUGACGACAACAAUGACACACGAGACUCCUGGAUGGACCUCGAUGCGUGGAUAGAUGGGGCGUGUGUUCAGCAAGAUGGGAAGUUAAUUGUGGCUCAACAAGACAGCAUUAAUGAGUUUGUCCUGCCACAUUCGCCGGGCGUUCAGACCGCCGGGAGUACGUUACAGAGUUUACUGACGCAUGGGUAUAUGCCGUUGCUGCAGAAUCGACUGCAGAACGGACCCCCCAUCAAAGUCGAAGCACCCACCUCAUCGACACCGUACUGUGGUGACCUCAUAUCGACAUCCACGAGUCCACCCGGAUCCGUGGUGUCCACCACUGACAACAUGAUGCUUAACGGAAGGUACCUGCCCAACCAACAGUCCCAUCACUACCAAGUCAAUAUGGCGGGUGGCGGAGGUUCCGGCAGCGGUGGUAGUGGUCUCAAGGCAGAUGGACUGUGUAGUCCCGAGCUGAUGGGAAAUUAUCCACAUACCACCACCACCUCGACACCCACAAGUGCUAAGAACAAGCGAUCGCGGUCGCAGAAGAAGUCACAGGGACAGGCGCAACUAGGUGGUAGCUCGACACCGGCGUCCGCUGUCAGCUACCAGGCAUCCAGUGAUUUGGGUGGUCUGCUCAGCAAAGAGAAGCCCGUCCAUCGGUGCAACAUCUGCAAUCGGGGCUUCCUCAAUAAGAGUAACAUCAAAGUUCACCUGCGGACGCAUACGGGCGAGAAGCCCUUUCGCUGUGACGUCUGUUCGAAGGCAUUUCGUCAGAAGGCCCACUUAAUCAAACACCAGCAGAUUCACAAAAGAAUCGGACGGGAUUGACCACCAGUAAGUGUGAUACUAACAAGAUAGGAUACUCAACAAACAAAAAAAAAUGUGAAUGACUCUAGGUCAAGCCCUAUUGGGGCUGAUGCAGACAUUUCUUGUAACAUUAGUGACACACUUUGGAGGGGCGAUAAGUUUAUGCGCUGUGCAUGCUCCUCCGGUGGAAUCUCUUGUGUUCGCAUCCCACUCGCUCUUGAAGGAGAGUCAGCAUCUUCCCAACAUGCUGACUAUACAUAAAACUUCUUUACUCGCGAUGAUGAGCAAUUUGUGGCUGUUUAGUGUUUGAUGUAAUAUCUGUGAAAGAGGACUUGACUUUUAUUUAUGUUAGACGAUGGGAACACACGUGCUAUAUAUGAAAGGUACCUCAGAAUCAUAAAUAAUUUUAAACACAAAAUAAUUUUUUUUUUAAUAGAUUCUAUUGUAAUAAUUGUGUUUUGCAAAUAGUGUCUUAAGGAAAUGUCUCUUUUGUAAUUAGGGAAGAUGGAGUGAAUAGUAUUUGUAAAUAGCUUAUUGCAGUGUAAAUAAUUUCUUGUCCUCCAUGCCACAGGGCUAUCCGUGGCGACAACAAUUACUCAUAUAGGGAAGAAAAGAACGACAAAACAAUGAGAUAUAGCAAUUAGGAGCGUUGAAAAACAAAAUUACACACAAAUGUAAUCAAAAUCCACUUGUAGACCCAUUGUAACAUCUUCUUAGGUAAUUAAUUAAGGUUCACUGUAGAGACAUUUUUUUUCCUAGUUCAUAUGCUAGUGCUUAAGUAGAGACUUUCCUACGAAAAAAAAAGUGCAAUGUAUUGUAAUUAUCAGUGGCCGGGAGUCAUUUAAUUCAAACCUUCUACCCCUCUCUGAAAAGAAAUAUCAUCUCAUAGGUACUUUAAUGUGUUGAACAUGAUAUUAAAUUAAUUCAUUUCAACACUUUCCGCGUGAUUUCGGAACUCUGUUUAUUGCUAUUUUGAAGUUAAUAAACAUGCGCAGGAGAGAAUCGCAAGAGACCCCUUCACUUGCAAUUAAUUAUCUGUUACGGUCAUUUGAAUUUGAAUUCUUGAGGAUUUUUUUUUCUUUUUCAAUUUCAUGAGACACCAUUAACAAAGACUUAAAAUCUCUAACCCCACUAUAUUUAUUUUCAUGAUGACCCACAAAAAAAAAACUGAGAAAAACAACAUUUAAUAAAAUACUCCUCUAUAUGUUUGUUAAACUCUGUCGAAAUGUAUGCUUUAUUGUGCAUCAAUUUGGAAUAGGGCCACUGCAUAUUACAUUAAUUAGUGAGAAGUGUGUGUGUUGAAUGUAAACAUUGAGUUAGGAAUUGAGGAAACUGCUUAAAUAAAUUUUCUCGUUUCCACUGUAAAUUAUUGCUGUCUUUCUUAAUGAUAUUCCUUAAUAUUGUUUUUUUUGGAUUUAAAUAGCAAAUAUAGUAUUGCAAUUUUAGCUUUUUCUUCUUUAUUUAUUUAUUUGUUUAUUCAAUUUGACUCCUUAUAGAAUUAUUGUUUUUAGGAAAAUUUUUCUAUACCUCAUUUUUAUUGCUCAAACUCCAAAGAAUGAGCAAUAUUUUUUUCUUUUUUAUAUUUUCCUCAACAUUUUUUCAUAUUCUUGUUAUAUUUUCAAACUAUUGAAAUCAGUGGCGCAACUUAAUUUUUUGUUAAAUAUGACAUCAAGAGAUGAUUAAUAAAAAUACAAACUCUCAAAUUUCAAAAUCAAAAUUGAUCUUUUUGAUGUAAUCUUUGAAAAUUUCAAUGUCGUAAUUAUAAAAAUUCUUAUCUCUAUAUUUAUGUUAAAAAAAUAAUAUGACAAAGAAGAACAAACAAUUUAAGUACAGACAAUGUGAUAGAAACCUUCUUAAUCAUAACAAUUUAGCAGAAAAACGAUAUAUUUGCUAUUUUCAUAAAUUAUAUAAAAUUAAAAAAAAAAACAAAAAAUAACUCCCUCGAUAAGCAAAAAAAAAGAAAAAUGAUAAGGUUGUUUUAACAACAUUUGGUAAAUUUGAUUUUUCAAAUUGUUAUUCAAUAAGAAAUUUUAUCAAAGGAAGUUAAAAUUAAAAGAAUAGAUCUCCUUCUUUUCGUUGAGUAGUUAUUGUUAAAAAGAAUUCGUAAUUUAAUGUAUGAAACAAAGUCAGUAUUUAUUAAAUUAGCUAAAAAAGAAAGUAAAGAAAAUAUUAAAAAAAAAAAGAACAAAAUGAAUGGUACACAAAUGGUGUUGUUCGGGGCAAGAGUAUAUUCCCUGCAAACAUUUUGCAAAAUUAAAAAUCACGUAAGGAAAAAGUAAUAUUUACAUUUAUUAGGAAUAAUAACGUAAAACUUACAUUUUUUUACGUUAAAAUUAUAAUUUGGCAAAACAAUGUUUGUAGGGUUUUGUAUAGUAAUUGCUUAAGUUAUUUUGCAUAUUUUCUUCAAUAUCUUUUUGUUUUUGGUUGGCUUAAAAUUAAAAAUUUGCACAAAAAAAAUACCAAAAUUUAAAUUGAAAAAUAUAUCUUUAACCCCGAAUAGCAUCGAAUUAUUAGUGAAAAUGUGUUUUACUUUGUAUUUUUAAUAAGUGGCUAAUGCUGAGAAAUGUCUCUAGAGCUGAGUUUUUCAACUGUUAAUAUUUAUUGUAUAAUAAAUACGGCUAGAUUUGUAAUUUAAAAUUGAUGUGAAGAGCAAACAAAUUCACUAUUAUAAAUAUUGAUGAAAGAAUGAUUUAAAAUGGAAUUGUAUGUAGUUGUAGAUGAGAGAAAACUUGUGUAUAAAGCAACUUCAAAUGAGACCAAUUAAACUGUUGUAAGAAAAAAAA